AUGUCUUUUCAGUCUUUGAGUGACUCAAAGGUUUUUCUCCAGAAAAGAGACAAGAAAUCUACAAUCUGCACUCAGUGUGGAAAGAGUUUCUCAACCAAACAAUAUCUUGAGAUUCACAUGAGAGUUCAUACAGGAGAGAAGCCGUUCACAUGUGAUCAAUGUGGGAAGAGUUUUACAUCAAAACAAAGUCUUGAGAUUCACAGUGCAGUUCAUACCGGAGAGAAGCUGUUCGAAUGUAAUGAAUGCGGCAAAACGUUUCGCUGGGCAUCAAACCUGAAGACACAUCUGAAAAUUCAUACAAAAGAGAAGCCAUAUUCAUGUUCUAUGUGUGGAAAAAGUUUUUCUCAGCUGCCAUAUUUAUAUCAACACGAGAAAAUACACACUGGUGUGAGAGAGUACGUGUGCUUUGAGUGUGAGAAGACUUUUACUACAGCAAACCAAUUAAAAGUGCACCAGAGAAUUCACACUGGAGAAAAACCUCACAAGUGUUCACACUGUGACAAGAGAUUCAGUCAGUCAGAACAUCUGAAAAAACAUGAGAGGAUCCACACUGGAGAAAAACCUUACAAGUGUUCACACUGUGACAAAAGAUUCAGUGAUUCAUCACAUCUGAAACCACACGAGAGGAUCCACACUGGAGAAAAACCUUACAAGUGUUCACAGUGUAACAAAAGAUUCAGUCAGUCAUCAUCUCUGAAAACACACGAGAAGAUCCACAACAGAGAAGCGGCACACGUGUGAUCAGUGUGGAAAGAGUUUCUCUUUUAAAAACCACCUGAAGAUACACAUGAAGAUCCAUGCAGUGGAGAAACCACAUCACCACCCAGCCAGCAAUGACAUGUGGGGCCCAGAUGAGGGCUUCAUGGGCGGCAAAUGUGGGCCCCAUUAUGGGCUUGCACCCGGGAUCCACAUUGGGGCAAGCCGUGGAAGCCCAGACGUACUAAAAGUGGGACCUGUAAGGGUACUGCAUGGGUCUUAAUUGGGCAAUUCAUGUCAGACCCAUUUGGGCCCCACCUGCCCAAAGGGGUCCAAAGUGGGCUUUGCAACAUGGCUACACAGAUGGGCUUUAAAUGGGA